AUGAUUGCACUAAUUAUCCUUGUCUGCUUCGCAGCGCCCUCAUUCGCCGAGUCUAACUCGACAGCCCUAGAGGGAUGGCAAGUUGACGGUGAUUCGCGCUCCAGUUGGGAUAUUCUCUGGACCUGUCUGUCCACAAUCCUUGCUUGUACUUGGACCGCGCUACACCCGUCUGUCCCAAAACGAGACGAAUCCGAAAGCAAUCUGAUACUUUGGAAAAUAAUGGGAUUUAUCGGCGCCGUCCUUGCCCCGGAGCUGAUGGCUGGGAUGGCGGCUGAGGAGUUUUGUCAUGCGAGGGCUAUAGUGGCGCGCUGCAAUGCUGCCUUUUGCAAGCUAUCCAUUGAGUCGAUGAAGUCUAAACCUUCCUCUAUAAAGACUCGCGAGGGAGAGGGAGAGGAUCCUAGUGCAGAAGAAGCUUCACCGGAUAAAGAUACUACAAUCCAAGAAAAUGAUGCUUCAACAGGAGAAGAGGAAGCCUCGGCCCCAAAAGAAAGACCUUCGACACAUGACGACGAUGUUUCAACUGAAGAUAAAGUCGUUUCAACAACACCGCGCUGGUCUGUUGCCCACGGCUAUUGUUUAGCCAUGAAUGGAGUUCUAUUGCAGACGAAGGAUCGUUGGACGUAUCCAGUUCAAACGAACAAUGUUGUUCCACUCAUUGAAGCCGGCAUAUUGCAGCCGGGGCACGUGAGAUCUCGCGACAUCAAAGACCGAGCAAAGGCCGAUUCCUUUGGAAAGGCAUUCACCUUGCUGCAAAGUCUUUGGGUAACGACCAACAUAGUGGCAAGACGAGCUUAUGACCUACCAAUAUCCCCACUGGAAUACUCGACCGUGGCCUACGUUGCCUGUGCUGCCGUAACAUAUUGCACAUGGUGGCACAAGCCGAGAGACAUGACGACACCUAUCAUUGUGUUCCUGCCAUAUGAUAAGGAUGGCACAGACAUGCCACCACUUAUAAGAAAGACAUUGGAGGAGGGCCAUGGCUCGUGGGUGCGAUUACCGAAACCGAGUGUGGAGGAGCCGCAUUCGGCUUCCACGAACCCACUUAAAUGGCCAGGAAUAGCGGUAAGGAUAGUUUGCAUGCCAUUCACGCCCGAAAGACGAAAGAAGUUGUAUACCAUCUCCAAAAAAUCCUACGAGGAUCAAAAAGAAGAUUUGGCAGACGAAGAUCCACCGCCAAGCAGUGGCAACCAAGAUGAGGGAACGGUUCAUUCAGCGAGCCAGGAAAUUGAGACCCAGAAAUCCACCAGAAAAGCCAGAAAUCCAGUAGAGCGAUUGAGGAUCAUGAGCUACAUCAGCCUGACACAUUUCUAUAUGUUUAUCGCUCUAUUGUUCUGCGGCAUACAUGUUGCUGCGUAA